AUGACGACGCAAACACUUCCAACAAAAACACAAACUCUCGUUGCAGAAGAGAUGGGAACACCAUUUCAAUUGGUAGAGAUUGAUGUACCAUCUGCAAAAGAUCUUCAUCAUGAUGAUGUUUUGGUACGAUUUCAUGCUUCAGGUAUCUGUCAUACGGAUAUUGGGUCUUGGUCAGGCGCGAUUCCCGCUCCGUUUCCAUGCAUUCUAGGUCACGAAGGAGCGGGUGAAGUAUUGGCAGUUGGCGAAGGAAGCAAGAAUGAUUUUCAAGUCGGUGAUCAAGUCGUUGCCAGUUUUUGUAGUUGUGGAGACUGCAAAGCAUGCAAACGAAACGAACCCGCAUGUUGUGAAAUCUUUUUACCGUUAAAUUUAGGAUUAACGGAUAAAACGUUAAAUCAUAUCAAAGUACCUUAUAAGAACAAAUCAAACGAAACAAAACAAGCUCAUGUGAAAUAUUUCGGUCAAAGUAGUUUUGGUAAUGUUAUGUCCGUUACCGGUAGAAGUCUCACCCGGAUUUCCAAGGACAUCGAACCCAAGUAUGCAUGUGCACUCGCAUGUGGAUUCCAAACAGGAUUCUCUACUGUAGUAGAACGUGCCAAAGGAAAGAAAGAACAAGAUCGAACGUAUGAACGAUACUCGAUCCUUGACAAAGAAUACUCCAGCAAGAACAUCGUCUCAAGCCAAAUUGAAACCAAAUCCAAUCAAAUCGAAUCAUUCGAAGAUGAAACUUUGUUGGUGCUCGGACUUGGUGCGGUUGGAUUAGGUGCCUUGGUAGCAGGCAAGAUGCUUGGGUUUGGAAAAGUGAUCGCAUGUGAUAUCAAUCCAACCCGAUUAGAACUUGUGAAAAAAGAAAUCGGGAUUGAUACUUUGGUAAACGCAAAAGACUUUGCAUCAACUGAAGAAUUCGUUCAACAUAUCAAAAAUAUCAGUAUGUAUGAAAGAGGAACAACUUUGAUGAUCGAAGCAAGCGGAACGGCAAAAGCUUUGAAAGAUGGAAUCAUGUCACUCGCUGUAGGUGGAAAAGGUAUCGUCGUUGGCUCUCCUCAACAAACCGCACUUCUCGAUAUUCCUUCGGGAUUAGUCUUGACAAAUAUCUGGACUAUCGAAGGUGUUUUGAUGGGUAAUUCAAACCCAAAAGUCACAAUUCCAUUUUUAGUAGAUAUGGUAAAACAAGGAAAGUUGAAAGUCUUGGAUUCAAUCAUCAAAACCUAUCCUCCCGAUCAAAUGAAUCAAGCCGUACAUGAUGCCGAAAAAGGUAUCGUCAUCAAACCAGUGAUUGAAUGGCCUUAA